ACCAUCCAGGAGAUCCAUCCAGAGGAUCAAGGCGAACCCGGCGGCUACCUCCUUCCCCUGGCUCCGAACCCUAGUCCUCCCCUUCGCCAUUUUGUGUAUCGAAUCAAGCUUGUAUCCCAGAUAAUUGCCACAGCUUAAUAGAUCCGCGAGCAGUACCUAUCAGGGAAGCCCUAGACGGAGCCAGAGCCCGACGGAUCAAGAUCCCCGGGCGCCGCUGGGAAGCGUAGCCAGCCGAAAUCUCUUGACCCUGCCUCGCCACUCUGUCCUGCCCCCCGGCGCUGAGAUGCAGAACCCUAGCAGCAAUCACCCUGCCCCGGCCGCGGCAGCGGCGGGGAAAUCCAAGUCCUCGGGGCAGGCCGCGGCAGCGGCCUCGGGCCAGGGCCAUCAGCCCUCCCCGGCCACGCCUGCGGCUGCCAAGUCCAAGUCCUCGGCCGCGGCAGGGGCCUCGGGCCACGGUCACAACUCCUCCCCGGCCACGCCGGCGGCCGGCAAGUCCAAGUCCUCGGCGCAUGCCGCGGCGCCGGGCCAGGCGUCCUCCUCCAACCAACCCCACGCCGUCGGCGGCGCUGACGCAGCCGCAUCGAGCCUUAAGCGCAAGCGCGGCGUCUUCCAGAAGGACCUGCAGCACAUGAUGUAUGGGUUUGGGGACGAUCCAAAUCCACUUCCAGAAACAGUUGCACUUGUGGAGGACAUUGUUGUAGAAUAUGUUACUGACCUCGUCCACAAGGCUCAGAAUGUGGCUUCAAAGAGGGGGAAGCUCUUGACAGAGGAUUUUCUUUACCUUAUCCGAAAGGAUAUGCGUAAACUGCACCGCGCUACCGAGUUACUCUCCAUGAAUGAAGAGCUCAAGCAAGCAAGGAAAGCUUUUGAUGUGAAUGAAGAAACACUAGUAGUAACCAAUGAGUGAUAUAUGCAUCCUUGAGCAGCCGCACAGACUACCAUGUUAUCUGCAAUAUUGCACUAACUGGUCAGACGAUGCAAUUGCUCCAGUUGGAUGCUCAUCCAUUUGUAUAUGGAGUACUAUUACCACGUGACAUGGUAAGCAAUCCAAACUAUUCGUUAAAAAAGAAGAGUUUGUUGCCUGUCAAGUUGGCGUCAUGUAGCACUUUCCACUGUGAUGAAUGGAUGGUUGUACGCUUUGCCCAGUCAUACUAGGCAUAAAAAUCUGGUUGUCAUCUUUUGAUAUCAGGCACUAUCCGCCC